AUGGAAGCUAAAAUAGCAUCAUUACAAUCCAUAUCGAGGUCAUUACUCUCCAAGAUCUCCAAAUCCCGUAGAAAGACUGAUGAAAAGAUAUUAUCUUUAAUCCAGAAAGUUACAACGAAGAAUUUCAACUUAGAACAAGCAUUCACACAGGAUACAGUCUUAAGACCAUUCACUACUAUCUUAGAUCACAUUGAAACAGAGACCUCCUUCGAAAGUAGUAGUAGGAUAGGACGGGGUGUGUGA